GCAUAGUAACAUGCUAUGCCAAUUAUACAUAUGUAUGUAUAUAUGUACACAUAUAUAACUAGCAUACCAUGUUACUGGAGGGAGGGGCCUCCAGCUGAUGCCGAAGGAGACAGGGCUCCAGAGCGUCAGUUGGCAAUGGGAGAGGGGCCUCCAGCUGAUGUUGUAUUUACGAAUUUAGCAAAAUAUCAUGAUAAUAUUGAAAACAUUGACUACAAAAAUGGCUUGGACAAUCCAGAACCUUGCAUAAGCGAGGCUUGGAUAAGUGAGACUCUACUGUAUUAGCAUAGCACAACAUAAGCACUAUCCAUUACUAUAUUGUACUAUACCAUUAUAUUGCAAUAUUAUUAGUAAUAUUACAUGUAAUAUAUAAUAUACAAUUAUAAAGAGUGUAUUAGUAUUAUAUUGUAUUACAUUAUAAUAUUACUAUCAAUAUUAUAUGUAUUUACAAUAUAUUACAAUAUAUUAUUAGUAUAGCAUAAUAUUAGCAUUUUAUAUUAUUAUAUUGUUAUAUUGACAUAGGAGACAUGGUGGAAUGAUGUCUUCCUGGCCCCCCUUCAUUCUGGCCCAGAGUGACUUGUUUGUGUGUUUUUGUUCCUUUUCACCACUUUGGACUACUGGUGCUGGAUCAUGCCACUGCUGAAGAGUUGCUUUGCUUAUACGUUUAUGAGGAGGGUCUUUUGUUAUUAAGCCCACUUGCCCAAAAUCUCCCUCCCCCCUCUCUCUAUAUAUACAGUAGAGUCUCGCUUAUCCAACGUAAACAGGCCGGCAGAAUGUUGGAUAAGCGAAUAUCUUGGAUAAUAAGGGAGGGAUUAAGCAAAAGCCUAUUAAACAUCAAAUUAGGUUAUGAUUUUACAAAUUAAGCACCAAAACAUCAUGUUAUACAACAAAUUUGACAGAAAAAGUAGUUCAAUACGCAGUAAUGCUAUUUAGCAAUUACUGUAUUUACGAAUUUAGCACCAAAAUAUCACGACGUAUUGAAAACAUUAACUACAAAAAUGGCUUGGAUUAUCCAGAAUGUUGGAUAAGUGAGACUCUACUGUACCUAUAUAUGUGUGUGUGUGCGUGCUUCUAUAAAUAAUAAAUGUCUAUCAUUGAUAUUGUGCUUUCUUUCUAUUUUAGUUUCUUAACAAUUGACCCAUCAGUUAGCAUUCUGUAUUUGGCCAGACAAACCAGUUUGUUAUCAGGGUGACGAUCCUGACGCAAGAGAGGAAGAAUGCGAACGGCCAAGAAGAUAAAACAGCCUGGUCCAGACCCUCUUCUUGCUCUUUAGGUAGAAGCAAACUUCCCGUCAGGAUGGCCUUUCCUCUUCUGCUUCUCUUGCUGGGAUUCACAAGCAGGACCGCUGCGCAAACAGAGGUGAUCUCCUACACGCCUCGGGUCACGGACCAGUCCCUGGCUGGGAAGAUCACGGCCAGCACCUUUGCCUUGGAGCCCCCCACCUGCAUCUUCGACCAGUUUGUCAAUGCUUCCGACCACAUCUGGCUGGUGGUGACGUUCAUCAAUGCCACCUCCAAGUUCAAGAACCCGGCCACUCCGCAGGACGUCCCGCCCUAUGAGGAGCUCUACCACACCUAUGGCUACAUGACCAUGAGGGCCACGCUGGACAGCUUCCCCUGCCGGAAGGAGCGAACAACCAACGUCCUGCGUGUUGGGAACGAGUCGAGCUGCAAGAACGACGACAGCCGCACCCACUGCAACGGGCCCUUGCCCUCCCCGGGACCCUUCCGAGUGAAAUUCCUGGCCAUGGACACCAAGGGAUCCAUCGCGGAAACGAGGUGGUCGGCCCCAAUCACGCUGGAGAAACCUAUGGAUUGGAAAACGGUGGACACGUGGCCAGGACGGCGUGAAGGAGACAUGAUUGUCAUUACCGUCAUCCUCUCUGCCCUCUGCGGGGUCAUCACCAUCGGCCUCUUUAGCACCGUCGUCUACGAAUGUGUCAAGGCCUGGAAGCACGGCCCUACGGAAAACGGCUCGGAGCAGCAGCAUCCAGACCCCGAGCCCUCCUUCCAAAGCAGCCGCUACGACACCCACCACAUCCCCCCGGCCCCCCCAGUGCCGCCACCUCCCCCCUCCAUGGAGGGGCCCAGCCCUUAGCUCCUUAGGCUCCCGUUGGACAUCCUCCCGUGUGUUUCCCUAUACGCUUCCAAGGGCUCCAAAAUAAAUAUAUUAUUUUUUAAAAAUAGUUUUUCUAACUUUUGCUGUUUUGAAGCAUUGGAGAUUGGGUAUGGACCGACAGCAAAUUCACCCCUUAAAGACGGUAUUACUUCUAACCUGUUAAUAAACUGUAUUAAAUUGCAUCAUUCUGUGUACUGUAUCUAUUACUUAUAUAUGUGUGUAUAAACUGUAUAAACCUCUAUGAAAUGUGUCAAAAUGUAGCUCGGAAACAGUCACAGGAAGUUUGGGCGAAUCACUCUGGCUAUUUCCCAAACCAGGUAAUAAACUGUAUCUGCAUUCUUUGA